GUAAGUCCGGAGUGCAGACACUGUUUUCACAUCUGUUUCGCCUAGCCUGCUGUGCUGCUUCAUAUCUUUUUUGAUUAAUUGUAAUUUAGCUAUUAUAAUUUUAUUUACGGCCAAAUACAGGAAUGUAGAAUUUUGAAUAGUUGUCAAGCAUCGUUUAUCGUGUGAGUUCAGAUCGUCAAUAACCUCGUCGAUGCAAAGCUGAGCUCACCUUGGCACCAAACCCUACGUCUCAAUUCGGGACUAUCAGCUGUCAUGCUGUAAAUGAAUGAACGAUAGAAACAAGCUCUGAAUGUUUAUAUCUUUGGUGACUUUCGGCAAGAUUUUCUCCAUAUAUGUUCUAACGGAAUUCACAUUUCACUUGGCGAACAAACGUGCUCUUACAUGGCUUUUGAUGGGCAAGUAUUCCAAUGGCAGAGAAACAGAUGCACCACCACAUUACUGGAGCUACUGAAAAUGGGGCAUCUGGUGGGCAGUUUGUCGUAACUGUUGGCUCUGAUGGAAAGUUGAUUCAUGUUCGUGAUCCUCUGUAUCUAUCAUCAGGAAUAACCUCAAUAGUAGACGUGAAAAGAGAGGGAAUGAAUUCAAACAUGAAUCAACCAUCUUCAAGCAAGUCUGAUGUUUAUCAAUACGUUGUGAAUGCAGCAGGGGGCAGUGGUCAUUACAUGGGUCUCAUGACUGUUGGCCCUGAUGGCAAACUUACGUCACUUAGAAAUGAUCGCAGCACCAUCCCGCAACAGCCUUCGUCAUCAGCUGUGAUUGAUUUCAAUGGAGGAAAGGAUUCAAAAGCUGUACUUCUACAAAUAAACCCCUUGCAGUCUCAUCAUGCUGUCACAGAGGCUCAUUCACAAGUACAGCAGCCUAAACCUCAUCAAGAUCAGCACAGGAAUGACCCAAAUACCAUUGCCCAUCAGUCAGCUGCUGUGAUUGAUUUUAAUAAUGGCAAGGAUCCUAAAACUGUAGUCCUACAAAUUCAUCCAGCUCAAACUCAAAUGAGUCUUCACUCAAAUCAAGAAGCUCAAAAUAUGCACCAUUCUCAAAUAACACACCACCAAGGCAAUAUAUCACAUCAGUUGCUCACCAAUCAACAAGCUCACCAACAAAACCAACAGCUAGAGCAGAGGCAGCCUCUGCAACAGCAGCAAAGACAGCCAGCCCACCAGCAAGUUUUGCGGGCAGAUAAGAUUGUGAAAGGUGAUAGAGAGGUUGUAUGUGCCAAAUCCUGCCGUGCCUGCUGCAAGUUUGAUGAUGAUGAAGCUCCAGAUCUCAACCCUUAUGUCCAUCAAAGUUCAAAGGAGGAUAGCAACAUCGCCACUUCACCUGUUUCAUGGACAACUGAGAAUCCUGCAUCAUUUUCUCCCAAUGUGAAAGCUACUUCUCCUAAUGGUUCUUCUAAAGGAGCACGAUUUCAAUGCAAAGUCUGUCUCAAGAUGUUCACGCAAAAGGUUAAUCUUACUGCUCAUGAACGCAUUCACCUUGGGGAACGUCCGUUCCAGUGUAAAACUUGUCUAAAGUCAUUUACUCAGCAGUCAAACCUUGUAACACAUGAAAGAAUUCACACAGGCGAGCGGCCUUACCAGUGCCAAGUGUGUAUGAAACGCUUCACUCAGAGACAAAAUUUAACAGCGCAUGAGAGAAUACACCUGGGAGAACGUCCCUUUACUUGCCAAGUCUGUAACAAAUCUUUUACUCAAAGCCAAAAUUUAACAGCCCAUGAAAGAAUACACCUUGGUGAGAGACCAUUUCAGUGUCAAGUUUGCCUCAAGUCAUUCACUCAGCAACAAAACUUGACUUCACAUGAACGCAUUCACCACCUUGAGAAGCAGUUCACCUGUAAUGUUUGUCUGCGGGUGUUUAGUCAAGAAACUAGCCUGCAGAGGCAUAUGCAAACUCACACCAAUUCAGAGCGUCCUUACACAUGCCAAGUGUGUCAUAGGACGUUUGCUCAACAAUCCAGCCUACUAGUCCAUGAAUGGGUUCACAAAUCUCCUGAACGCCGAAAGAGAAACUUUACCUAUGUUAGCGUGGAGGAAAACGUAAUGGAAAUACCUUCGUCAGAACAAUCUGAAGAAUCAGCACACGAUAGGAAUCAUUCAUCGGAACAAGAAGGAGAAAAGAAUCAGGGUCAGUGUCUCUCUGGAACAUCAUGAUAGGGUUACUUUUACUUAAUUUAUUCCUCUUGCUGGCUCCAUAACAAAAAUUUAAGUUGUCAUGCAAACUUUCGCCAGGAUUGUAUUGGCGCGUGUUUUAAAGUGGAUUGUUGUCAGUUUUCAUUGUAACCUUGGCAUAUCAUUUGCCCGACAAAUGAUAGUGCACUGCAUUAUUAUUGAAUUUGGUACUACAUUACAUUGAUAUUUAAUGUACUAUUGUAUUGACAAAUUUUUUAGUGUAUUGUUUACUCUAUGGUGCGCAUCUAAUCUUUUGGCUAAUAUUUAGCAACACAAAUAAUUGAUUGGCAAUUGUGUUUAAUGGCCAGUAUGUAUACUAAUAAGAAA